UGUGUAGGAUCGGCUACGCAAGGGUGUCAGUCACCUGGCCACACCUGCGAGCAAAGACAGCUCAGCUCUGGCAGCAUGGCGGGCUCCAAGGGGCCCCGGGCCGUCGCCAUGCAGUUUCUCGCAGCGUUCCUCGCGAACGUCGUGGCCAUGAACACUGGAUACAUUGUCGGAUGGAGCGCUGUCUCUCUCCCCGUGCUGGAGAGCAACACGACGGAGCCGGGCGUGAACCCACUGGACCGGCCACUGACCAGGGACGAGUCAUCCUGGGUGGCGUCGCUGAUGGUAAUGGCCUCGAUGCCGGGCCCAGCAGUUUCCAGCGCCGUCAGCCGACGCUGGGGCUACAAGCUGGCCGGUUACCUGCUUGGAGCCUUCGACAUUCUGGCCGGCCUCACCGUCAUGUUUGCCCCGUCCCUUCCAGUGCUGCUACUGGGACGAGUGCUCACCGGAUUCGGCGCAGGCUGUUCGCCUGUGGUCUCCACCACGUACAUUUCCGAGGCAGCCCAGGAACACGUGCGAGGGUCGCUCGGCACCUUCUUCGCCCUGAUGUUCAACGCAGGUGUGCUCGUCGCCUACAUCGUCGGCGCCGUGGCUCCCUAUAGGAUCGUGUGCGCCGGCGCCGUACUUCUCCCGGCACUCUACUUGUGCUCCUUCUUCUUCCUGCCAGAAUCUCCACAGUACCUGCUGUCCAAAGGCCGAAGAGAAGAAGCUGCAGAGUCGCUGCGCUGGUUCCGUGCCGCCGGUCACGACGUCGACGCAGAGCUCAAAGCCCUACAGUCCACUCUGACUACGGGGACGGUAGAAAAGGGGCACAAGCGGCUGUCCAUACCAGAGUUCUUCAAAGAUCGCGCCGCCCGCCGCGGCUUAAUCGCGCUCGUCGUGCUCAUCCUGAACCAGCAGCUGUGUGGCGGCAUGACCAUCCUCAACUACGUGGUCGAGAUGCUGUCGUCGACGGGAAACGGAGGCUCCGCCGCCUGGUCCGCCGUCGUGGUGGCGACCCUCCAGUUCGCAGCGACCUUCCUGUCUUCGGCGCUGGUGGACCGAGCCGGAAGGCGGCCUCUCCUCUUGGCCACCAACGCCGGCAUGGCUGCUUGCCUCACCGCCCUCGGCGGGUACUUCUUCGCCAAAGCCAGCGGCUACGACGUGGACCCCGUCUGGUGGCUGCCCGCCUCUGUCAUGUCCUUCUCGCUCGUGCUCGGCGCCAUCGGCAUCGGGUCUCUGCUCUUCGUAAUUCUGAACGAACUCUUCUCUCCGGACGCGCUACCAGUCGCCAUUUCUGUUGGACUCGCCCUGCAGACUGUUGCCACAACGGCGGUUCUGAAACUCUAUGUCGUGUUGGUCGCCUGGCUGCAGCCCUACGGAUGUUACUGGUUUUACGCCGUCUCCUGCAUACUUAGCAACGUGUAUAUACUACUGUUUUUGCCAGAAACGAAAAAUCGCCCCAUAAAGGACAUUAUUUCUGAUCUAAGAGGUGAAUCGAAGAAAACUAGGGCACAUAUACAUCGAUAUGAUCAGGUCGCUGCAGUCGAGAGCCAAACGUAAGCAGGAUAUUUUUAAUAGACAAUAAUCAGAUAUUUAGAUGCGGAGAACGAGUUAACAGUAGGUUCACAGCGGAUGUCGAAACCGCUGUUCAAUGCACCUGAGCAAAAGAUGUAGUCGUUUUCCUUGUACGUACGAGGGUCCCUCCAAAAGAAAUGCACACUAUUUUUUUUAUAAAAUCCAUAUUUUAUUCUACAUGUUUGAAAGUUCUACAGUGUGUAGAUACAUCCUUUAGCAACAAUAUUUUCAUUUCUCCACAUAAUUUCCAUCCCUAUUAAUUGCCUUACGCCAUCUUGGAACCAGCACCUGUAUACCCACAUUGUAAAAUUCUGGACCUACCUGUUGGAGCCACUGUUUGGCAGCGUGCACAAGGGAGUCAUCAUCUUCAAACCUUGUUCCACGAAGAGAGUCUUCCACUUUCCCAAAGAGAUGACAGUCUCAUGGAGCCAGGUCAGGACUGUAAGGCAGGGGUUUCAGUAUUGUCCAUCCGAGUUUUGUCAUCGCUUCCAUGGUUUUUUGAAUGACAUGUGGCCGUGCAUUGUCGUGCAACAGCAAAACAUCUUGCUUUUGCCGAUGUGGUCGAACACGACUCAGUCGAGCUUCAAGUUUCUUCAGUGUCGUCACAUAUGCAUCAGAAUUUAUGGUGGUUCCACUUGGCAUGAUGUCCACAAGCAAGAGUCCUUCGGAAUCGAAAAGCGGCGUAACCAUAACUUUUCCAGCAGAAGGUGUGAUUUUGAAUUUUUUUUCUUGAGUGUAUUUGCAUGAUGCUACUCCUUUGAUUGCCUCUUCGUCUGUGGUGAAACACGAUGGAGCCAUGUUUCAUCACCUGUCACAAUUCUUCCAAGAAAUUUAUCUCCACCAUCAUCGUACAUUUCCAAAAGUUCGCUGCAUACCGUUUUUCUUGUUUCUUUGGGAGCCAUUGUCAACAUCCUGGAAACCCACCUGGCACAAACCUUUUUCACCGCCAAUACUUUCAGUAUUCUGCAAACACUUCCUUCCCCUGUCCCAACGUAGCGUGACAAUUCGUUCACUGUGAUGCAUCUGUCAACAGUCACCUAUUCGUUAACUCUCUGCACAUUGUCUGGAGCAUGUGCAGCACGAGGCCUGCCGCUGCAAGGACAAUCCUCAAUAUUGCUGUGCCCGCUUUCAUCACGUAACCUCUUGUCCACCGACUAACUGUACUGCGAUCGACAGCAGCGUCUCCAUACACCUUUUUCAACAUCUUGUGGAUGUUUACCACUGUCUCGCUUUCGCAGCACAGGAAUUCUAUAACAGCACGUUGCUUCUGACGAACGUUAAGUGUAGCAGCCAUCUCGAAAACAUGCUGUGAUGGCGCCACUCACGGAAACUGGUUGAACUAAGUUUGAAAACAAGCGGGAAGGAUGUAUCUACACACUGUAAAACUAUCACACAUGCAGAAUGAAAACUGUAUUUUUACAAAAAUAUUGUGCAUUUGCUUUGGAGUGACCCUCGUAUUAUGGACGGUAUGCUGAGAUGUCUUUAUGGACAUGGAUAUUAAUCCAAACGACGUGCGCUAUCAUUCACACGUCAAGCGAUGAACAAUGUACACGCAUCAGGAAUAGUGCCUUGUACUACAGUGCGUCAUUACCUUGUAACUGCUCACACUUUGUGUUUGAAAUAUCUUCAGCACAGGACGAGGACUAAAAAAUGAAGUGUGCUAAUGUGCAACUUUACACACGGCAUUUCAAUAAUCAUGACAGUAUUAAUGGCGAUAAGGAACUCAACUAUUUUCAGAAAACUGAGCAUUGAAAAAUUAAUAAAUUAUAAUAAGUGAUUUAGAAGCUCUAAAUAAUGGCCUCACAUAUGUAAUGAAUACUCAUAAACUGUCUAGGACGCUUAUUUGCAUUUCACUACUGAUUUUGUGGUCAUAACCAAUCUUUCAUUUCCAUUUAUUGUGAAAUUUUAUGUAAUGAAUUAGAUUAGUCACGCUCAACAUUGUCCACUUCUGUACACAUUGUAGAAAAAUACAGUCAAACUGGUCUCCUUAUA